UUUGUUAUUAUUUAUUUCACAUAUAACCCCUUUAAUGAAAUAGCCCAUGUAAAAAAAAAAAAGCAAUAAUAGCCCAUGUGAGCAUAGUGUCAAAAGACAGCUAAAAGAACCAAAAUGCAGAGAUCGAACUUCCCCAAAAUCCAACAGAGCUUAUUAGAUCCGUCCAAUGACGCUCACUAAACCGUCGCAUCCCUCCGCCGUUUCCUCGCCGUUAUGUUCCCUCAAAGGCUCACUCCUAACCGUCGCUGUCCUCACUCUCCUCUCCCUCUCCUACCUCUCUCUCAACUCCCUACGCACUCCCACACCCUCUCCCAUCGUCGUAGACUCCACGAUUCAGUCUCCGCACGAAGACUACUCCGAUGUCUACCACUCUCCAGACUCGUUCAGGCUCAAUUACGCGGAGAUGGAGAGGGAAUUCAAAGUCUUCAUCUACCCCGACGGAGAUCCCAACACUUUCUACCAAACCCCGAGGAAAGUCACCGGCAAAUACGCCAGCGAAGGUUACUUCUUCCAAAACAUCAGAGAGUCUCACUUCGUUACGUUGGAUCCGGAGGAAGCUCAUCUCUUCUUCGUCCCUGUUUCCCCUCACAAGAUGCGUGGCAAAGGGACGUCUUAUGAGAACAUGACUGUGAUUGUUCAAGACUACGUUGAUGGGUUGAUAGUGAAGUAUCCUUACUGGAAUAGGAGUUUGGGAGCGGAUCAUUUUUUUGUGACGUGUCAUGACGUUGGUGUUAGAGCGUUUGAGGGGUCUCCGGUUAUGAUUAAGAAUACUAUUAGGGUUGUGUGUUCGCCGAGUUAUAAUGUUGGGUUUAUUCCUCAUAAAGAUGUUGCUUUGCCUCAAGUGCUUCAGCCUUUUGCUCUCCCUGCUGGUGGGAAUGAUGUUGAGAAUCGGACGACACUUGGUUUUUGGGCUGGUCAUAGAAACUCCAAGAUACGUGUAAUACUAGCACGUGUGUGGGAGAACGACACAGAGCUUGAUAUUUCAAACAACAGAAUAAACAGAGCUACAGGGCAUUUAGUAUAUCAGAAGAGAUUCUACAGAACUAAGUUCUGCAUAUGUCCUGGUGGUUCUCAAGUCAACAGUGCUCGGAUUACUGACUCAAUCCAUUACGGAUGUGUUCCUGUUAUAUUGUCAGACUACUAUGACCUUCCUUUCAACGACAUCCUGAAUUGGAGAAAGUUUGCGGUUGUACUCAGAGAGCGAGAUGUGUAUAACCUCAAGCAGAUUCUCAAGAACAUACCACAAUCAGAGUUUGUUUCGUUGCAUAACAACUUAGUCAAGGUGCAAAAGCAUUUUCAAUGGAACUCACCACCAGUCAAGUUCGAUGCAUUUCACAUGAUCAUGUAUGAACUAUGGUUACGCCACCAUGUCAUCAAGUACUGAUCAAAGAAUCUUUUAGUCUUUUUUCCAACCAGUAGAUACGGUCCCAAGCAAAAAACGAAGAAGCUAGUAUGUACACCUCUUGUAAGUUUUUAAAUAUCUAGCUUAUAACAAAACACCAACCAAGAUUACAUUCUUUCAGGAAAAUUCAUUAUUUUUUUGUGUAUUGUGUACUCUGUUCCAUCCUGUGGUUUAGUCAGUUUCUUUUACUAUGCCAAUUACAGUAUAAUUAUAUACUUUUCAUUCUUUUGACACCAAUGAAUACAUUACUUUUUAGAUAAAUACAGUAGCAUUACUGUUUCUAUAUACAAAAUGAUCAGUGGUAGUUAAUAAAUUACGUACAAUCUGCAAUCACUUCAAACUCAAAUCUUGAGGAAGAAGAAGAGAGUUAUAUACAUCACUCUUGUGAGUAUUUACAUUGAAGACUCUUUUUACAUGAGUUUUUCCAACUCAGGAUGAGUAAUCAAUCCUCUUCCAUACCAUCAACUCCAUCAUCUUGAUAUAAAACCCUAUUCCUUUCCCAGGAUCAAUGUUAAUUGUUCUCCACCCUCUUUCAUUGUGUAACCAACUUACAUCAUCUUCAUAAGAACUCUAAAGCUGCAUAUUCUUCAUAGCUUUUCCAAUCCCACACAUUGUUUUUUGAACUCUUUCUUUUUUGCUUUUUUUGGUGAUGAAUCCGUUUCCAGGAUCAAAUAUAAACAAUACCCAUCAUCUUAAUCUAAACUUGUAAAAACUACUUGAGCUUCUUUUUUUUUCUUCUUUUUCUUUUUCUCUUUUUUGGAGUUUUUCAGGGUUAAUGUGGUAACCAAAAUGGUAUUAGAGAACUUAAACUACUUAACUAACUACAAAAGGAAGGAGACCUGGUCAAAGGUUCUGCAGAGAUGAAAGCCAUUGCUCCAUAUAGUUCUUCCCAUCUGCGCAUUUUGGUUGAAAAACUUGAGCACUUUGGAUGAGGAGAAAACUGUUGAAACAUCAAUAGCAAAUACUGUGUAGUUCAUUGCACAUGGAGAUAGAUACAUAAAGAAACCUCUAAGAGAGCAACUAUAUAUCUCAUUCUCAUGAUACUAAGCAACAAGCAUUAGCCUUUAUAUGAACCCCAAAAGAGAUAAUAGAGUUCAUACCAGGAGACCAACCGUUGGGGAGAUUCUUGACAGCAGACAAGAGCUGGUUAUUACUAGAACCUUCAACAACAGCUUUGUAACAAGGAACCAAAACUAAGAAGCCACCAUCAUCUCCUUCUUCAUCGGUUUGGAAACCAGGUCCAUGUGGCUCAGUCCAUCCAACAGACCACUCGGGCCCAUCCUGAGCUGCAGAUUCAGAGCCAGAAGAACCAAAGCUCUCAAGUUCCAUCUCCUUCCUCUUGAUAACUCUUCCUUUGUCUCGAUUAAUCUUUGCAGGGAACUUAAGAGCUUCCGUCUCUUUCUCCUUUUUACCACCUAACAACCACCAAGGCCAAGUCGGAAUCUUUCUCUUCAUCAUUUCAAAGAAUCAAAAUCUCCAAGAUUCUAAAUAAAGGAUCAAACUUUCGAGCUGGGUUGAAAGAGAUUAGCUUUUUUCUGACAAGAGUCGCAAUCUUAGCUAAAAUACCAAAGUGUCUGUCGUCACCAUUCGGACACAAACCAUUGAAGCAAAGAUUUGAGAAACCAAACCAAACCAAACACCAGAAAGUGAAUUAAAAAAUCAAAACUUUCUUUUUAUGUAUCGUCCUCUUCCAUCAUCUCUCUCUCCGACCAAAUGUGUCUCUUCU